AAUUCAGUCAAAGGCCAACAGCCAACUCUCUCGCUCUAUCUUCUCUUCUCUCUCUCUCUCUCUCCAGAUUUCAAAGAUUUCCCACUGCGUCUGCCAGUGGACGCUGCAUGUGACAAGUGACCAUCCACUGAUCUGGCUUAUAAAUAUCAUCACGCAGUCCAAAACAGGUGACGCCAUCCCCACUAAUGAAAAGCCAACGUGGGCAAUAAAGAAGCAAGCUCACUGUCUCUUAAUAAAAAAAUUUCAAAAUAAUGCUAAGUUCAAGUAAAGGCGGGUGGGGGAAGAUGCACAACACUACAACCGGCGUACAGCGUGGUUUAUUCCUCACCUCUCUCUUCUUUACUCUCUCUCUCUCUGCAUCUUACACCUCCAAUUUGAUGAAUUUUUCCUGGAAACUGAUUGCUUCGUUCUGGGUCGUCGAUUUUUCAUAAGGAAGAAAUUCAGAUGCAUGUCACUGAAGAGUCUAAUGGAAGAUAAACAACUAGAUUUUAAUCAACCUCUUCUAUCUGUGAGGCGGUUCACAUCAGCAGCUGCUUCCUUGGAAGCUGAAGACAGAAAGAGAACAGAUAAUUCCCUCCCCUGCAUACCUCCCAUUCCUUACUAUAAAUCAGAAUUAAAAUCAGGGCCAGUGAGGAAUCCCGGAACUGUUCCUUUUCAGUGGGAGCAGAUCCCUGGAAGACCCAAGUAUGAAAGCAAACCAGAAACUCAGGCUCUUGGAUGGCCUCCUGUUGCCCCAAAACUUCCACCUGGUCAGAUUUUGAAUGCUAAAAAUCAACUUUUGGAUAAAAGAUCUGAAGAUCAAACUAUUUCUAGGCCUCAAAUGGAAAAUUCCCUUUUUAGCUCUCAAAAUGUUUUAAAUGUACAAAAUGAUGAGAGCUUCAGAGAGGCAAUAGACGAGGAGAGUUCUGAAUCGAGGGAUGGUGAUGAAGCCUAUCUAGAUGCACUUGAUACUCUUUCACGGACUGAAUCAUGCUUUAUGAACUGUAGUGCAAGUGGGCUAAGCGGAUUGGAUGGUCCAGAUGUGAAACCUUCUGGGAUCUUCUCAACAGAUCCGCAGACUCGUGAUUUUAUGAUGGGUCGGUUCUUGCCAGCUGCAAAGGCAAUGGCUUCUGAAACACCUCAAUAUGCUUCUAGAAAGCAACCUGUGGCACGGGAAAAACCGAAACAGGUGAUGAAUGUAGUCAGUGACGAUAAACGACCUUCAAUUUGUCACUAUAGGCAUGGCACUUCACCCUAUUAUGCUCAGCAUCAAGGGGAAGAAGACAGUGAAGACGAGAAUGAUUGUGAUGAAUCUGAACAUUUACAAGCUAAAGCUUGUGGCUUAUUUUCUGGGUUUUGCUUGGGAAAUUCAUUUUUCCUUUCGAAUCCUGUUUCGGGGAUGAGAGUCCAGGCCCGGACACCUACUUCUUCAGUCCAUAGUGCGAAGGCUAGAUAUUCCUAUGGAAGUUGUAGUCGCAUAUCUAAGAAUGAGCAUGGUAUGGUUCCCAAUUUUGAAAGAUCAAUGAGAGGACUUCGAAAAACAGAGCAGUGUAAAGACAGGAAGGCACUGAAAAAUGAAACCAACCAAAUUCUUUCCCACAAACGUUCACAUAAAUCAAGCAGUUCGUCUGUGAAUAGGCAUGUAAUGGGUGACUGCAGGCCACCCCGCCUGAAUGAAUCACCCCAAUCCAUCUUUCAUGACGUAAAAUGGUUUCUUGGAAUUCCAGGAGAAGCCAUGAAUGUCAGGGUUAAUGACUAUGGCUCACAUGAAAAAGGUCAUAGAAACUUUCAGGACUUAAUACACAAUCAUACUAGAAACUUUCAGGACUUAAUACACAAUCAUACCCAGGACGCAGACUUGGUCUCCACAAGCCCUGUGGUUGAGAAGACUCUGUACAUAGACUCUGUAUGUAAGGUGAAAUCUCCUAGUUUAAAUUCAAAAAUUUCAGAUGCAAAGAGACUGAUAGAAGCCAGAGGAAAUGAUUUUCAGACUCUUAAAAGUCAAGUGAUGGAAGAUACCCCCUCAGUGGAUUCUUUACUUCAAGCAAUCAAAUGCUCAGAUAUUAUGGGUGAAAAAGCAACAUUGCAAACUAGAAGUUUUCAAUCCACAGAUUACAGUUUUCUAUCUUCUUCUGAAAAAUCAAGUCAAGAAGUAUUAGGGCACAUAAUAAAGAAUUUCAGACCAGACGAGAAGCUUAUUAAGGAUUCUACUACCUCAGCAACUGCAAACGUCCAAGAUGAUGUGUUUGAGGGGUUUGGAGAUCAGCAGUCUCCAAAAGCAGCCACUCCAAGAAUAUCUGAAGGCAGCUAUUCCCAAUUUCCACGUACCCCACCCUUACCGAAAUCUCCUUCAGAAUCGUGGCUCGGGCGUACCUUGCCUUACAUUUCCUCUAGGAAUCCAUCUUCAAGGUCUUAUCUUGGCAUCCAGAAUAACCCAAGAGCAGGGGCCAAUAAUGCCUGUACGAGCAACUUGAAAGUGUAAAAACUUAUAUACCUUCCAGAUCAAGCGUUUGCUUUCCCUGGUGAAUCCAAUAAGUUUAAAGGCGACUGAAAUCUCUUGUUGUGCUGUUUCUGUUGUACUCAGAAUAUAAUGGUUACUGUAAUAUCAGCAAUUGUUUUCUCGGUUCAGAAAUGCUAGUCCCCUCCCAAAUAUUAGAUAUCAUGGCCACUAGCGUCAUGUAUAUUGUACCAUGUGGAUUGUACAAACAAAGUCAUAAUAAAAUUAGCUACGUUUGAUCUUGCA